ACUGGCACUGACUGCACUCUCUGUGACUGUCUUGCUUGGAUGAUGUAUUGUUGGAUCUCGUCGACGUCGUAGAUUAUCCAAAGUCGACGAGAGUGAUACCCCUAUCAUUUUGUUACUUGACCUGCCCGGCAGAGAAAUGACGCAGGCUGAAGAGAAGCCUGCAGGAUAAGUCAGCAGCCAGCAUCGCACGCAGUCAAAUAAAAACAAAGCACUAAACAGAGCAAGAAUGGUCUGAGCGACGUUCUACUGAAGUUCGCUCUUUGAGAGGAAGAGCCUAAGUCCAGAGAGAGAGUCAACUGUUCGGCAGCACCGUGUCUCCGCACACAAAUUCGGACGGAAAAGCGACACUGCAAGAGUUUGGCAUCACUCAGUCUCUGUCCGACGAGUACGUGACUGUACUCUGCUCUAUCAGUACCGGUACAGACAGUGUACUGCCAGAAGGCUCACCUAUUUCGUGGAGCUCCAUUUCUGAUAGAUACCUGGCAUUGCCAAUAAGGCAAUAUGGAUGCGAAUGGAACACGGACGGCUGCGCCUGUCACCAAGCGCAGUCGCAUACCUGUUCCCACGGCACCAACGCCCAGGAAAACUCCCGCCAAGUCAGGUGCAAAGUCGUCAGCCGAAGCCCAUUCGUCUUCCGCGGUCGCGGCGCCAACGACAAAACGCUGCCUGCGUGAUCAGAAUGGCAUUGGUCCUAGCCAACGCUCUCAGUCACGCUCGUCAACAGGGAAAACCCCUGUUAAGCCUGCAACUAAAAACAGCAGGCCAAUGGCUGCAGGACAGGAAGCUUCGGAGAUAUCUCAGACGCAAGCCAGUGUGGAAUUCAAGGCCGAUGAGAACGCUCUGCGCAGCAUCUUGGAUGGACAUGGCGUUUCGGCAAGCAGCCAGACCGGUGCCAGCGGUUUUAAAGGACCACGCUUGACUCUAGGGGGCAAAGUCACCCUAACAGCGAAUGAUCUGGGUAUCACUGAUGAUGAGCUGACAUGGCUGAAGCGUUCAUCGCUCUACUUCGGUCCCAUUGGGCCACACGAGAAAGCUGUAGAGAAGCCAUCAAAGGCACUGCGCGAUCUACGUCAGCAGCUGCACGACCAGGUGGGGGUGUCCCGAGGAUACGGUAAAACCACCCGCUCCAACACCAGCACCACCAGCACUUGUGUGGCAGGUGUGAAAAGUACCAACUCCACAUCUUCAUCCAGAACACCUUUCCGGCAGUCAGAGUAUAGGCGCACUACUACUACUACUACUACACCAUGUCGGCCGGCGGCUCGGCCCCACUCGCCCAGCACAACCGGUCAUAGGAGCACAGCAAGCACACGCACUCCGGGUAAGCAGCCACGUCAUUGCAGUAGCAGUAGCAGUAAUGUCGUCACCGGCACUGCUACCAAGAAGCCGGCAGCAGCAGAGCCGCAGCUGGACGUACAAUCUGUACUAAGACGGCCGGUGCAAACGCCACAUGGUCCGAUGGUGUCGGGCAGGCUGAUUGCUCCAACAUGUACAUCACAAGCUUACGACAGUAUGGCUUCGCCAAUGUUCUCGAGGUCUACAACCGGCGGCUUUUCGUGCUCUGGCGGUGCCUUCCCGCAACCUGCGCUGCAUCCGGCACACUCUUCGGCGUGCAAGCCCAUAGUACAACCUGCGCUGCAUCCGGCACACUCUUCGACGUGCACGCCCAUAGUAGCACGGCCACUGGAUGCACACCUUGUUCGCAGCGCUCGCCCUAUUCCCCAAACCACCUUGCCUCAGCAGCAGCGGCCGUAUGUGGAGAGCGCCGUGCCGUCUCGGCAGCGGGAUCAGGCGCCAGCUGCAGCAGUUGCUCCUCGGGCACUGCUGCUGCCCGCAAGUCAGCAGCACGCUCAGCAGCACGGCAUGUACACUCCGGCGGUCAGUACUGCCAGUGCAAGCGAUGUCGAUCACUUGUCACAUCAGAUUCUGCACCACUUACAUCAUCACCCUGUUGAGCCGCCUCGUCACGUCCAUCAAAUGCCGCUUCAGCAGCAACAGCAGUUCCAGCAAUUCCAGCAGCAGUCGCAGGGCCCAGGUGGUCCUAACCAGAUGCUGGGAGGACCGCCCAAGGUCUAUGAAGAUGGGAGUUACGCAUCACCAGUCUUCUCAAGGUCCAGACCUGCGGACUUUCCGGGCUCCAGUGGCGCCCUGCCACCUUCAGCUCUGCAUCCUUCUCAAUACUCGGCUCGUCCGCCCAUGAUAGCAUGGUCGUUGGAUACACAACAUGUCCGCAACGAUCAUGCGACUGCCCAAACUACUCUGCUUCAUCAGCCACCGGAGCAGCAUCAGCAGCACGUGUCAGCUGGGUUGCUACCUCAACAGUAUGAUCAGCGUUCGGCUUUUGUAGUUGCUCCUCAGAGUCAGUACCGUCCUCUGUCAGUGGGUGAACAACAGCGCGUGAGUGUGUGUGUUUCACCAUCGCUUCUACCACCUCGCAGUCCGCUGAUGUCCAGGGACGAUCCUGAGCUGGCUCACGUCAUGUCCAUACAGCGGACCAUGUCAUCACUGGCCGCCAGCAAUCCCACCGCCGCCACCGCUUGCUAUCCGCCUGGUCACCGCAGGUCCGAUCGUGACCUGGGCAACCCCUUGCUGUAUCAUCUUGAUAACCAGUUUAGUCCCAUCAAGCCAAGCCCUAGAGUUUCUCCAGUGUCCUUUCGUCGGCAAUGCUAGAGCUGCUUCGAAUAGCUGCUGUUUUCUUCCAAAGACCAUCUCCGGAAGCACGCAUAAAACUGGCUUUGUAGUGCCUCUUUGUUUGUUUUCUUCGCCAUUAACAAUAUUCCUCCCCCUCUCAUCCCUUAAAAAUAAUUUGCGGAGACAGAUCUUUUGAUUUUUUGUUUUAUAUCCUAGCCCCAGUGUGUGACUGCACGUGGUGUAUGCCUCAACGUCGUUCACGGCAUCAAAGUCUUAUAUCUUGCCAAUCGAUUCUGCUCGAUUUUUAUUUAGGUCUUCUCCUUUUAGCUAGUAGACAGUGUUCACCAUGCAGCUGCUGAGUUCAAGUGCUGCACUACCAUCGCCCAUGCUAACAUGUGCUUACUUCAAAGUAUUUUUCGUAUCUAUGUUUCCCCGUUAGGCAGCCGAACAUGUGAGGCUGCGUCACGCCGUAGCUUCACCCUUGAGUUCUGUUUACUUUCACUACCUUAUACUUGUAGAUGCUAUUUUGUGACUUUUAGCUGUUUUUGUUUUUAUCUGUUGAACUUCUUUUCUUUCGUUCUUGGCAUCUCUCGUUGUUCUCCUGUGGGUGUUAGUUCUGGUGUUGAGUGGUUUGUUUUUGCGUGCUCGAUCUGUCAGUCGCUGACUUGUGCUGUUGUAUGAUGGUGCAACGUCUGUCUUUGUUUUCACAUCAUGCCCUGCCUGCUUCUUCCUCUUGUGCCGCAAUUUCAUGGUGUUGGUGCAGUGGUUGCUGUAUGCUGACAGUAGUAGUCUGCCAGGCAGUAGUGGUGACAUUAGUUCUGAGAACGG